UGAGGCUGCAGCAAUUGGUCAUGUUGUCAACAUCGACUGCAGUAUUAUCCCUUUACGCGACGGUCGGUAAGCUUGCCUUCCACCUGAAUUGAGCAAACUCCGUGCAUUAAAUCCGUCUGCCCUCCAAGGCAACGAACCAAAACGACAGGUCAUCAAUCACAGGUUGGUUGCACGCAUCUAGAGUAGCGCUUCUUCUUAGGCUAUCCCGCGGCCAUCGCACGUUGCGAAGCCUGUUUUGAUGACACGCAGAGAGAAUGGUGGACAUCUUCGUGCUCUGCCGAUUGUGGCUUGUCAACCUGGUCGGUCCAGGCCCGAGUCUCUGGUACAAGACACAACCACCGGCCGCUCCAGACCACGAAGGCCAUCCCAAUCCUCCGGUUUGCCAUGCAUGCGGCUCCCUGUCACCUGAAGCGGUUGUGCAACCAUCGGUGCCCAAUAACACGAGACUUGCCGGAUCCUUGUGCCUCCCUGUCAAUGCAAACCCUUCCUUAAGCGGUGCAUGCUUUUGAAGAAGCUCAUCCAGAUCGGACAACAGAUAGAGAUCUAUCGAGAACCCCUGGCCUGCGAUCUGCUCACCAUCCGCGCCGAGGGCAGAUUGGGGCUAACUCCUGAUCAAGGAAAAAAAAAUUCGGUACGGUGAACGCGCAUGGCUGUCAGGGGUGGUUCCACGUGUGCUCCUGUCCACCGUCAAGAUGCACCGUUCUUCAGCCUGAUACAGCCCUCGGCACCAUUUCCCUGCUCGCAUCCAAUCUUAAAGAUAUGGAUGUUAGGCUGGUGAACACGAUACACAGUCUUGUCGUCCGUCCUGCAUGGAUACACCAACACUACCAUACUACGCGUUAGGAUCUCGACCAAUGGCGAUUCUUUCUGGAUACCCUCUCCGAGUGGAGGGCAAUCUCAUCCACGGCAUAAGAUAUGGGAGAAUUGGCAGCUCAUAAUGGACCGAAAGAGGAGCUUGCCACGUGCAUGCGAGGCGUUUUCUCUUCCAUAUAGUUAGCUGCUGUCCUUGGACCGGGCUGAUGUGCAGAAUUCUUCCAACCUGGCCGUCUAUGGAGAGGCUGUUGAAACUUGGAUAUCUUACUGCAUCUCGCCAGGAAAGGUCAAUGGUGUAGAUGGCAGAUGUCUAUCUUGUCAUCGACGAGCCUAGAACCCACCCCGUACAGGUGUCACGACAUUCUCCAGGAGAUCUGGACUCAUCGAAUCUUGCCGAGGGAAUUGGCACAAGCCAUCCUCCUCAAUGGGACUCCGUCGAGCUGCAGACCAUGGCCUCACUUUGGUAGUGCUGUUGUUCCGCUCGGUUGGCAAGUCCGGCCACUAGAGAUAGCGAUCCUGCAUGUCCCUUUGGGAGCAUGGGUUUCCGAACCGAUCUCUCUUCUUUCGAACGGUCAAGACACCAUGGCUUCCGGCAAUUUUGACUGCUCGUAUACAAUCUGUAGAUCGGGCAAUCCUCGAUCGAAAAAGAAGCGGUGCGGCAACCCGGAGAGUCAUCAUGCUGGCAGCAGAUCAAAGGCGUGCCAGCCUGGUCGUCUGCCGGCUCGAUUCGUUGAUGUGGAUAAGGCAAACAGUACCUUGCCGGAAAAAGUGUGCAAGGCCAUCAUGAUCUCAUGUUCCUUUCCCACAGCGAUUACGUUCGAAAAGUCGGGUUUGACACAGAUCUUGCUGAGAAACAGCGGACGCAGUACGCUCUUCAACGGAUGUUGCCAUCAAAGGUCAACCUUUGACGCUGUCAGCUAGUUCUCACAUAAUGAUGCACGUUGUAGACGCAAGCUAGGUGAGAGCCUGUCA